CUUGACCUUCGUAACUGUUUUUUUGUUAACAAAAUGUCAAAACUCCAUACAAUAUGUUAAGCUCCAAAUGAUUUUUUCUUAUUUUUCAAACUAAAAAAUACUCAUGUUACAUUAAUAUAGAAAUAAUAAAAGUAGAGUAGAAUAAAUAGAAUAGAAUUUUAUAAUAAAAAAAAAUUUUGUAAAACAUUUAUUUCUUUUGAAAUUUAUUUAAUUUAAAAUACAAUAUAAUUGAAUAAAAAAAAGAAUUAAAAAGUAAGAAAAAUGAAAAUAUUUUCUGAAAAAGUAUUUCUUCUUAUUACGGGAGCAAGUCAAGGAAUAGGUGAACAAAUUGCAAAAUCUUUUGCCCCAUUAUUGCCGGCUAAUUCACAAAUUUUACUUCUUGCAAGAAAUGGAGAAAGUUUAAAUCGAGUGAAACAACAAUUACCUGACAAUUUAGUGAUAAAUACUGUCAGUGUUGAUCUUUCCUCUUCAUCAGCUGAGGAUUUAACUGAAAUUUUUCGAAAUAAUGUAAAAGAAGAAAAUAUUUCACUGUUUAGUGAAGCUAUUAUUAUACAUAAUGCCGGUUCUUUGGGAAAUAUAACACAAAAAACUAACGAUAUGUUGGAUUUUGAUGUAAUGCGUAAAUAUUAUGAUUUAAAUGUAUUUUCACCAGCAGUGUUAAAUAAUGUUUUUAUGAAAUUUUUCAAUGGACAUGUGAAAAAUAAAAUUUUUGUCAUUAAUAUAACAUCGCUUUGUGCUAUUGAGCCAAUGAAAUCAAUGGGUUAUUAUUGUUCUGGAAAGUCAGCAAGAGAAAUGUUUUUUAAGGUAUUUGCCAAAGAAAAUCCACAUGUGAAUGUAUUGAAUUAUUCACCAGGACCUGUGAAAACUGAAAUGUUUCACGAUGUAUGUCAAAAUGUUGGAGAUUUUGAAGUAAAGGAAAAUUUUAAUGAAUUAAAUGUGAAAAAUACAGUUUUAACAACACAACAAACAGUAAAUCGUCUUUUGACAGUAUUAGAAGAACAAAAAUAUUCAUCGGGCGAUCAUGUUGAUUAUUAUGAUUCUUUAUGAAAUGGAAAAUUUAUUUUUUGUUAAUUUUAACAUUGAAUAUGGAUUAUUUGUGAAAAUAAAUAUUUUUUUAUAAUUGUUUAUAAA